GAUCCAGGCAGCAUCUUCUUUGUUCCUCGCUAGCCGCAAGCAUCGCCUGAGCGCUUCCUCGAGGGAACCACUGUGCAGCCAGCCCUUCUCUGAGCACAAUGGGAACCACAGAAGCCACUCUGAGGAUGGAAAACGUGGAUGUGAAGGAAGAGUGGCAAGAUGAGGACUUCCCCAGACCUCUCCCAGAAGAGACAGGGAUGGAGUCACUGGGCAGCCCUACAGAAGAUGAGAACACAUCCUCUCCCCCAAAUACUUUAAACUUUAACGGGGCGCGUCGUAAGCGGAAGACACUUGUUGCACCUGAAAUCAACAUUUCCCUGGACCAGAGUGAAGGCUCCAUUCUCUCUGAUGACUUCUUGGACACACCAGAUGACCUGGACAUUAAUGUGGAUGAUAUUGAAACUCCUGAUGAGACAGAUUCCCUCGAAUUCUUGGGCAAUGGGAAUGAACUGGAAUGGGAAGACGACACUCCAGUAGCCACAGCCAAGAACAUGCCUGGGGACAGUGCAGAUCUGUUUGGGGAUGGUGGGACUGAAGACGGGAGCGCUACCAACGGGCGGCUCUGGAGGACUGUCAUCAUCGGGGAGCAGGAGCACCGCAUCGAUCUCCAGAUGAUCAAACCCUACAUGAGAGUGGUGACACAUGGAGGAUACUAUGGAGAAGGUCUCAAUGCCAUCAUUGUCUUUGCUGCCUGCUAUCUCCCAGACAGUAACCUGGCUGAUUACCACUACAUCAUGGAGAACCUCUUUCUAUAUGUGAUCAGUAGCCUGGAACUGCUGGUGGCUGAGGACUACAUGAUUGUGUACCUAAAUGGAGCAACACCCCGGAGGAGGAUGCCAGGCCUUGGCUGGCUGAAGAAAUGCUAUCAGAUGAUAGACAGAAGGCUGCGUAAAAACCUCAAAGCACUGAUAAUCGUGCAUCCCUCGUGGUUCAUCCGGACAGUGCUGGCUAUAUCCAGACCCUUCAUCAGUGUGAAGUUUAUCAACAAGAUCCAGUACGUUCACAGCCUGGAGGAACUGGAGCAACUUAUCCCAAUGGAACAUGUACAGAUUCCAGACUGUGUCUUACAAUAUGAAGAAGAGAGGAUCAAGGCCAGAAAAGAAAGGGCAGAAGAGAAACAAGACAUGGCUGAGAAGGAAAGCAGGCCUGUGCCCCCACCAGAGGAUCAAGAAACCAGUAUGUCAUGAAUCGAGGUGGAGUGGAAUGAAUGGAGCAGAAGAAUGACGCAGCCUGGCAGUCAC